CCCUCUCUCUCUCUCUCUCUGACCCUCUCUAAAGAAAUUUCUUUGUAGCCGCCCCCCCGUCGCCCCCAGGACCGUAGCCGCCGCGAGAUGGACGGCUGAGAUCGUCCCACGGUCCGCGUUUCGCGAGCGGGGCGUUUAAUUUGGCGUGGCAUCAAAGCGAAGCGAAAAUCUCCGUAAUCGGCGAUUGCGAUUAUCGAGGAGGAAGUCAGUGAUCGGUGGUGGUGGGAGACUGACUUGACUGGUAGCUGCCUGCUGCUUUCUUGUUUUGAUUUGGUAAUUUUUGUGUUUUUGGGGCGGUACAAAUUGAAAAAGAGGAGGGUCCGGCGAUCGAUGCCGACGGAGCAGCAGGAGAAUUCGUCGGUGAUGACGGCGUCGAACUCGGCUUCCGGAGAGGCGAGCGUGUCCUCAUCGGGCCCGCAGCAGCUGCUGCCGCUGCCGCCGCCGCAUCCGAUGCCUCCGCCGGCGAAGAAGAAGAGGAACCUCCCCGGAAUGCCAGAUCCGGAGGCGGAGGUGAUAGCGCUGUCGCCGAAGACGCUGAUGGCGACGAACCGGUUCGUGUGCGAGAUCUGCAACAAGGGGUUCCAGCGGGACCAGAACCUGCAGCUGCACAGGAGGGGCCACAACCUGCCGUGGAAGCUGCGGCAGCGGACGGGGAAGGAGGCGCGGAAGCGGGUGUACGUGUGCCCGGAGGCGACGUGCGUGCACCACGACCCGGCGCGGGCGCUCGGCGACCUCACCGGCAUCAAGAAGCACUUCUGCAGGAAGCACGGCGAGAAGAAGUGGAAGUGCGACAAGUGCUCCAAGAAGUACGCCGUCCAGUCCGACUGGAAGGCCCACGCCAAGACCUGCGGCACCCGCGAGUACCGCUGCGACUGCGGCACUCUCUUCUCUCGGAGGGAUAGCUUCAUCACGCACCGCGCGUUCUGCGACGCGCUCGCCGAGGAGAGCGCGAAGACGCACCCGUCGCCGGCGCCGCCGCCGCCGCCGCCUGCUCCUGCUCCGGCGCCGGAGGAGGAAGUGCCGCCGCUGAGGCAGGUGGUGACGCCACCGGAGCAGCAAGAGCCGGAGAAUCCACCGGGGAUUUUCCAGUAUAUGCCGCCGCCGUCGACGACGACGAUUGGGAUUAGUGCUGCUACUACGAGUGGAAGCAAUAGCAGUGGCGGCAGCGGCGGUGGCGGUGGCGGUGGCGGCGCUGCGACGUCGACGACGAGCUUGUUUGCGAGCUUAUUCGCCUCGGUGGCGCCCUCCGUGGCUUCGGCGCAGAGCACCACCGCGUUCUCCGACCUGGUGGGAGCCAUGGGCCGCGCCGAGCCGCCGCCCGCCCUUUGCCUGUCCACCAAUUCUCCCGCCGCCGCCGCAGCAGCCGCCGCCGCCGCCGCCGCUGCGCUGUUCCCGAAUUCGGCGUCGUCCGAUCAGUGCAGCCCCUUCGCCUUGCAUCCUCCGCCGCCGCCCUCGCCGCACAUGUCGGCCACCGCCCUGCUGCAGAAGGCCGCCCAGAUGGGCGCCGCCGCGUCGGGCUCGUCCUUCCUCCGCGGCCUCGGCCUCGCCACCUCCGUAUCCAAUCCCCAGCCCCAGCAGGACCAAUGGCACCACAAUUUGGAUCACCCAGAGCCAGGGCCGAUGCUCUCCGCGGGGCUCGGCCUCGGCCUCCCCUACGACGGCGCCGCUCCGGGGCUUCCGGAGCUGAUGAUGGGCCCGUCCCCGCUGGUGGGGCCGAAGCCGACGACGCUGGAUCUGCUCGGAUUGGCGAUGGGACCGAUCGGCGGUUCCGCCGCCACCGCAGGCGGUCUCUCUGCACUCAUCACCUCAAUUGGCGGCGGGCUCGAUAUGGGGGCCGGCGGAGUGCAGCGCUCGAACGCCGCCGCGCCUUACGGUGGCAAGCCGUGGGAGGGCGCGGCGGAGCGCAAGUCCAAUAGCCCGGCAAUGCUGUAGUGGCCCUUUUCGCCGAUUCGGGCGGAGUCCGGUGAGCUUAGUUUUGGCGCGGCCACGGAGUUCGCGGCGGUGAGGGUUUAUUAGUAGCAGAAGAAGAAGAAGAAGAAGAUGCAGACGCGAACAUAGCUCCAUGUUUCUUUUAAUUUUGUUUCAUUUUUGGCUCUUUUUUCAUGUUUCUUGCAAAGCUUUUGCAUUUUGUUUGUAGGAAGGUAAAGGGCAGAGGAUAGACUCGUUCAUUUCUAGCUAGCUUUUGUUUAAUUUUCUCUCUUUUUUUCGGUUGUUUUCCUUUUUUUACCUUUUAAUCCUUGUUGUUUUGUAAUCUUAUAUAGGCUCUUUUUAUUACAUUAAAUAAUAAUGUAGUAUAUAUAGUUCGGUGAACAGGUAAAUACAGUGUUUUAUCUGGGGCCGGCUCAUUUCGUUCAUUAUAUAUUUUAUAUAUAUAUAUAUA